GGAGGGUGCUAAGUAAGUCACGCCGGCCCCGCUCCACACUCUACCGCUGUUUUCUGUCCUUGUCUUCCGACCUUUUGCUUUGCCUUUCGUUGGCGAAAUCGAAGUGCAUCAUCAGAAACAUACUUCGUCGACAAGUAGUUGAAGAGCGUGAGGGAGAGGGAGGACGGGAGGAGCAGAAGAAGAAGAACAACAACAACAACAACAAGUAGAAGAAGAAGAAGAGGAACAAAGGGGCAGCGGCGGCGGAGGAGGAGGCGAUGAAAGGCUUCGUGGCCGUCUCCACCAUUCCGUCGGUGAAGCGACGGUGGCGCGCGCCCGCCUCGGCGGUGCUCGUCCUCGUCUUAUUCUCUCUCCUCGUUCCACUCGCCUUCCUCCUCGGCCUCCACAACCGCUUCCCCUCUGGUUAUGAUCGCCUGCCUUCGGAAACUAGCUUUCCGAAAUUUGGUCAUCUGGAUGGUGUUGGUACUUCUUCUUCCAAGGGUGAUGGGUCAAGGAUCGAGAAUCGCGUCAAAAGAUUUGGACCCAUGUUCUCAAAGGAUGUUACUGGGAACCACAUCUCCAAAACUGGUGACCUCUUGAACAAGAAACCUGUCAUAAGCACCACUGAGAAACUGAUUGUGGCAGGGAAGGAUUUUAGUUCCAACUCACAAGCAAUGGACAUGACUUCUCCCUCUGAACUACAGAACACUAUUACCUACUAUAAACAAGAAGUCAUCAUUUCGCACCCAAAAGUUCUGCCUGUACCACGAGCAGUUCCAUCAGAAUCACUUUUAAAUUUGCGUACAAAGCAUGGUACCUGGGAUGACAAGAAGAGUGAUGCUGAAGGUGGAUGUCGUGAGGAAACCAGGAAAUAUUGUCAGCUUGAAUUCGGGAGCUAUUGUCUAUGGUCCAUAGAGCAUAAAGCAGUGUUGAAGGAUUCUGCUGUGAAGAAACUCAAAGAUCAGCUUUUUGUUGCUAGAGCUUACUAUCCAAGCAUUGCAAAACUUCAUGGACAACAAAAGUUAUCACGUGAUCUAAAGCAGAAUAUACAAGAUCAUGAACGCAUGCUUAGUGUAGUCACUGUGGAUGCUGACCUUCCAAAAUUUGUGGAAAACAAGAUACAGAAGAUGGAGCAGACAAUUGCAAGAGCUAAAGGGUGCACUGUAAAUUGCAACAAUAUUGACAAGAAACUAAGGCAAAUAUUGGAUCUUACCGAGGAUGAAGCUACUUUUCAUAUGAAACAAAGCGCAUUCCUCUAUCACCUUAGUGUUCAGACCAUGCCCAAAAGUCUUCAUUGCUUGUCCAUGAGAUUGACAGUAGAGUUCUUUAAAUCGCUUUCGAUGGAUACCAAGAAGUCCCAUCAUAAUAGACUUGACAGCCCAAAAUUGAUGCAUUUUGUUAUUUUCUCUAAAAAUAUUAUUGCAGCUGCAGUUACUAUCAAUUCAACAAUAAUGAACUCUGAGGUCAAUCAAAAUAUGGUCUUUAAUGUUGUAACGGAUGCACAAAAUUAUUAUGCGAUGAAGAUCUGGUUUGACAGAAAUUCUUACAAAGCGGCAACCAUUCUUGUCAUCAAUUUUGAAGAACUUAAUCUGAAAUACCUUCAUAUAACUGGCCUGGAAAAGCUAUCAAUGUCUGAGGAAUUCCGUGUUUCUGUUCAUAAAACUGAUCAAUUAGCUGCACAUAUGAGUACAGAAUACAUGGCAGUUUUUGGUCACUCUCACUUUCUUCUUCCAGAUAUGUUCAAGAAUCUGAAGAAGGUGGUGGUUUUGGAUGAUGAUGUGGUUGUUCAGCGUGAUUUAUCACCACUAUGGGACCUUAACUUGGAAGGAAAAGUUAAUGGUGCUGUUGAGUUCUGUGGAUUGAGGCUGGGUCAACUCAAAAAAUUUCUGGGCAGAAACAGCUAUGACACAAAAUCUUGUGUUUGGAUGUCAGGACUGAAUAUUAUUGACUUGAAGAAGUGGAGGGAGCAUAAUGUUACAGGGACAUACUUUCAACUCCUCCAAAGCUUCCAGCAGACAAAGAAUGAGGUGUCUCUUAGAGCUGCAGCCCUGCCAGCAAGCUUACUCGCAUUUAGGAAUCUCAUAUAUCCCCUCGGCGAAAGGUGGUCUUUACCAGGGCUUGGUCACAACUAUGGUGUCAAUGCAGAUUCUAUGAAGAGUGCUGUAUCGUUGCACUACAAUGGCAACAUGAAACCUUGGCUUGAUCUUGGUGUUCCGAAAUACAAAAUAUACUGGAGGAAAUUUCUUACGCAGGAUGAGAAGUUCAUGGAUGAAUGCAAUGUAAAUCCAUAGCUGUCGAGAGCAUCGUCUAUAUGAAGUUUUGGUACGUCCGGGACAGGACAGUUCGCUGGAUACGUUUUCUGUCAUUUGAUACCCGUGGAAUUUUUCUCAACACACUGAAUGGAUGGGAUAUAACACAAUGUUAGGUUUCAGAAGAGAGCUCGUCGUUGAGCUGUCGCCGGAUGAGCUGAAGAUCCCGAAACUUGUUCGUCUGAUGCUCGCCAUUCAAUUUGCAGUUGCUGAACUGGAGAAAAGAUCUUGAUAGAACAUAAGAUUACAGAAGAUGAUUCGAGUAUGGAGGUUAGCUUUGUCGCUCAUCUUUCUGCUACGUUUGGUUUGACAACUUGAAUUAGACUGGUAUCCUCUUGGAUUGUAGAGCAGUGCAGAUUCUUUUCCUUCUCUACUAUCAGUCCUUGUUUUUGUUGCCUUCUCAAACAAGUGUAUACGGAAAAUUUUUGUUCCACUUUAUUGUUCUUGUCAUUAGCAGAUGUGCAGAUUCGACUUCA